AUGGCUUUGAUUUCAUCUUUCUUCUACUGCUUUGGUCUCUCCUCAAACUUAUCAUCUCAAGUUUCUAAUUAUGAUGAAAAAUCAUCUCAAACAAAAGUUUCAUCUUCAGAGAAACCAAAGAGAAAGGAAAAAUCCAAGGGAGCUCCAAUUAUAGUUUCUUAUUUUCCUGUUAACUCUAAUCUCUCACGUUUGUAG